AUGCCCAGUGACAAGCUGUCAAAUUCAUUAAUAGAAGCAAGCCCAAUGUUUCUAGACCUUGCAGGCCAUGGUUGGAUUGCCUGUAUGCGGGACUCGAAGAUCACCAUCAAGUGGACUUGGUAUGGUAGGAAGUUUGUUGCGUGGAUAGUGGGUGUCAAAACCAUGCUGGACCUAAUUGAUGGCCGCCACCUUGUAUUUGAGUCGAAAAUGGUGCGUGGUCCUCUGGAGGACCAAAGCGUGUCGGUUGCAUCGUGGGUUGGUUCACAUUAA